GGAAACCUGCCUCCCAGCACCUCCCCCUUUCCGCCAUUUCCCCAAGCUAUUUAUUUGUAAUUUUUUUUUACGCGCAUUAGAUGCUAAAAAGUGUUUUUUCACGAUAUCACAGUCUUUGUACUAUUUCCAGAUCUUCUCGCAACAAGAGUUCUGCUAUAAUUAUCUAUAAUUAUGCUAAAACAAAACAAAAAAAUGAAAAUGAUUUAAUAGUAAUAGUUACACCACCAUUGUUUUUCAAUAUAUAUAUAUAUUUUUAUAUUUGUGGUGCAAUGAAAUAGGAGCUUUAACUAGUCGGUUUGCAGUGUGUUUUGCAUUGGUAGCGGAACAUUAGCAGUCUGUAUAUUGAAAACUAACCGAGGUAACUUAGCAAAGGAUUCAGAAAGGUGUUUAAGAAUAUCUUUUUUUUUUUUUUUUUUUAGCAAGUGUUGAUGAUCAUAAACAGAUGUGAGCAGCGCGUUAUUUUCUUCUGUAGGGUUUACAUUUCUCCAGUUGGGAUUUGGAAAACAUUUUAUUUUAUUGAGUUACAAUUCGUUCCUGAGUCUGUUAGGAUGCUUUUGAUACAAGUCAGUGUUACCAGCUGCUCUUCACUUCCAGCUGCUUGAGACAGAUACUUUGAUUUAGGACAGGCUAGUGAAUGUCAUGCAAAAUGCAAGGGCACUGUGAAACUAAGAAAAUGGUCUUGAAUGCUGUUUUAAACUCUAGUGAGGGAGGGUGGAUGGUAGCAGGUAUUGAAAGCUGUUUUAAACUCUAGUGAGGGAGGGUGGAUGGGUGGUAGCAGGUAUUGAAAGCUGUUUUAAACUCUAGUGAGGGAGGGUGGAUGGGUGGUAGCAGGUAUUGAAUGCUGUUUUAAACUCUAGUGAGGGAGGGUGGAUGGAUGGUAGCAGGUAUUGAAAGCUGUUUUAAACUCUAGCGAGGGAGGGUGGAUGGUAGCAGGUAUUGAAAGCUGUUUUAAACUCUAGUGAGGGAGGGUGGAUGGGUGGUAGCAGGUAUUGAAAGCUGUUUUAAACUCUAGUGAGGGAGGGUGGAUGGAUGGUAGCAGGUAUUGAAAGCUGUUUUAAACUCUAGUGAGGGAGGGUGGAUGGGUGGUAGCAGGUAUUGAAAGCUGUUUUAAACUCUAGUGAGGGAGGGUGGAUGGGUGGUAGCAGGUAUUGAAAGCUGUUUUAAACUCUAGUGAGGGAGGGUGGAUGGUAGCAGGUAUUGAAAGCUGUUUUAAACUCUAGUGAGGGAGGGUAGAUGGAUGGUAGCAGGUAUUGAAAGCUGUUUUAAACUCUAGUGAGGGAGGGUGGAUGGUAGCAGGUAUUGAAAGCUGUUUUAAACUCUAGUGAGGGAGGGUGGAUGGGUGGUAGCAGGUAUUGAAAGCUGUUUUAAACUCUAGUGAGGGAGGGUGGAUGGGUGGUAGCAGGUAUUGAAAGCUGUUUUAAACUCUAGUGAGGGAGGGUAGAUGGAUGGUAGCAGGUAUUGAAAGCUGUUUUAAACUCUAGUGAGGGAGGGUGGAUGGAUGGUAGCAGGUAUUGACAUUAUCAGGGCUGCCGAGCCAUGCUCAUCUCUACUCCCCUGUCCUCCUGUCGCCCCCUGCUGUUGGCUCUGGUUUGUGAUUACAAUGAAAACAGAUCACCUCUCCUCCUCCUCUUUCUCCUGCUGAAGUGCGAUGACCAGUCCCCCGCAGAUCAGAACACGAGAGCGGAGAGACACGGGAAUCAAACAGUGCUGGGAGGAAUGGGAGCACACAUUUACUAUUGCAGGAUGGCCAAAGACUGAGCAUUAUUAUAAAGCACAGUAGCGCUGCUUAACCAUUGCAAAGCACUGUCAAACAGUGGUCUAAGCUUACCAUGGAGACCAAGGGUGCGUGCAGCAGCGAGGAUUUCCUGCUCUCCGUUUAUACAGUUUUCAAGCUGUAGUGUGACUCUUGGGCGCCCUCUAAUGGGCAGAGUCCCUCACGGCUUCUUUCUCGAGUACAUGCGCUGAAGUCUGCUUGCUCAUGAUGAGUCACCGCGGCGCAGUAGCGGAUUAGCGGCACAUGCAACCCCUGUAUUUGCAUGGGGCACUGAGGCUGCAAGGCUGUCGUGACUCAGUUACUACAGCUAUUCUGGAAAGCCAGCCCCCUUCCAGCAAUACCAGUUUUAAAUUACAGUGUCACAAGCCGGAACACGCAAUCUGCUCAGAAAGGGGCUGUUUUUAAUUUUUUUAUGGCAUAUUACCGUCCCGUUCCGUUUUACUAGAUGCGACUCUGGUGGUACAGAAUGCUGUGCUGCGCUACUAGGGUCGUGGUGUGCUGCCCGUUAUUACAGCAGGCGUGUCGUUACCAGGCAACGCAGCAACAAAAUUACUGGAGAAAAAAAAAAGAGGGCGGGUGGGCUUUGAACAGAGGAGGGCUGUGGAGCAGGGAGACCUGGGAAAAAAGAGGGAUGUCAGAAAGAGGGCGAGCGAGAGAGGUUCUGUUAGCGCAGUCUGUUGCGUGCUAGUACAAUGUAGAGGGAUUGAAGGAGGAAGAAGAGCUCCUAUCAGGUUGCAAUCACUUGUCUUUAUAAACAGCGCUGAUUUCCAAGGCUGCUACUGAGGCUCAACCCGUAGUAUUAAUAUCAAUGGGACCGUGAGGGAAACAGCUGGGGGUACAUGGGACACUGCCGGACCGGGUGUGGAUCUUUUGCGCUAGAAACGGAACCAUGGACGAUGAAGAAGCGUGAGAGUCGAAAGUCCAGCCCCCAGCCGCCCCUGGAUGCCGAGGAGGAUGGGCAGGAGCCUGGGAACGUCGCUGUCAAUCACUCCCACACGAAGAAAGCCUUCCGGGUGAUGAACGAUCUGAGGAGUAAGAAGAUGCUGUGUGACGUGACGCUGGUGGCGGAGGAUGUUGAGAUCUGGGCUCAUCGCAUCGUGCUGGCUGCCUGCAGCCCCUACUUCUGCGCCAUGUUCACAGGGGACAUGAGCGAGAGCAAAGCGAAGAGGGUGGAGAUUAAGGACGUGGACGGGCAGACCCUUACCAAGCUGGUGGACUACGUCUACACUGCCGAGAUCGAGGUCACGGAGGAGAACGUCCAGGUGCUGCUCCCCGCUGCCAGUCUGCUGCAGCUGAUGGAUGUGAGGCAGGUGUGCUGUGAGUUCCUGCAGUCCCAGCUGCACCCCACAAACUGCCUGGGGAUCCGUGCCUUCGCAGACCUGCACACCUGCACGGAGCUGCAGAGCCAAGCCAACGCCUACGCAGAACAGCACUUUCCGGAGGUGAUGCUGGGAGAGGAGUACCUGAGCCUGAGCCUGCAGCAGGUGUGCAGCCUGAUCUCCAGCGACAAGCUCACCGUCUCGUCCGAGGAGAAGGUGUUUGAAGCCGUGCUUGCGUGGAUAAAGUACGACGAGGAGCCACGUCUGGAGCACAUGCCCCAGCUGAUGGAGCACGUCCGGCUGCCCCUGCUGCCCAGGGACUACCUGGUACAGACGGUGGAGGAGGAGGCCUUCAUCAAGAACAACAACACCUGCAAGGACUUCCUGAUCGAGGCCAUGAAGUACCACCUGCUCCCACUCGACCAGCGGCACCUCAUGAAGAACCCCAGGACCCGGCCGCGCACCCCUGUCAGCCUGCCCAAGGUGAUGAUGGUGGUGGGGGGUCAGGCCCCGAAAGCGAUCCGCAGUGUGGAGUGUUACGACUUCCAGGAGGACCGGUGGUACCAGGUGGCUGAGCUCCCCUCCAGGAGGUGCAGAUCAGGUGUGGUGUUCAUGGCGGGGUGUGUGUACGCGGUGGGGGGCUUCAACGGCUCUCUGCGGGUGCGGACGGUGGACGUGUACGACGGAGCGAAGGACCAGUGGACCUCCAUCGCCAGCAUGCAGGAGAGACGCAGCACUCUGGGGGCCGCUGUGCUGGGGGACCUGCUGUACGCGGUGGGAGGCUUCGACGGCAGCACUGGGCUGUCGUCGGUGGAAGCCUACAGCUCCAAGUCGAAUGAAUGGUUCUUUGUGUCUCCCAUGAACACGAGGAGGAGCAGCGUGGGGGUCGGAGUGGUGGAAGGGAAGCUGUACGCGGUGGGAGGAUACGAUGGCGCCUCGCGACAGUGCCUGAGCACUGUGGAGGAGUACAACCCCGUCUCAAACCGCUGGGGCUUCGUGGCAGAUAUGGGCACGCGGCGCAGCGGAGCAGGAGUGGGGGUCCUGAGUGGACACCUGUACGCAGCGGGGGGGCACGACGGUCCGCUGGUCCGCAAGAGCGUGGAGGUGUACGACGCCCACAGCAACACCUGGAGACAGGUGUGUGACAUGAACAUGUGCCGAAGGAACGCAGGUGUGUGCGCGGUGAACGGCAUGCUGUAUGUGAUCGGGGGCGACGAUGGCUCGUGUAACCUGUCCUCGGUAGAGUACUACAACCCUGCCAUUGACAAGUGGACCCUCAUCCCCACCAACAUGAGCAAUGGGAGGAGCUACGCAGGGGUGGCGGUCAUCGACAAGCCGUUAUGACCAGAGACCCCGGUCAGCAGGGCAGCUCGGCCGGGAAAGCAGCCAAGAUCGUUUCCUAGGUGACGGAGCCACACACAUCACCAACAGUGCCAGGGCUGAUCAGGCACUGCGGGUGCCACCCCAGAGCAGGACCCCUCCAACUCAUCUGUGUUUGUGUAGGAGAGGAGGGGAGGGGGGGUACAGGGGGUAGUAGCUGCCUCUUUCUCCAGCUCGUGUUGCCUCCAGUCUGGGGCAUUUCAAACAAGAAAAAUCCUGAUGGUCUGACAGCAGAUCUCUGGAGCCCGUCUGCAAUCUGUUUCUUUGUAAAUGGCUCUUGCAGUGACUGAUAAACCAGAGCGGAAGAACAUUGAGACAGGGACUUUGAACAAUGUACAUUCUGAUUCAGUACUGCCUAAACUCUAAAAAAAAAACUGAAAGAUGAAAAUCCUCUGCCUUUUUAUUAUUCUUAUUAUAAUUUGUAUAACCCUAGUACCCCAGUGUGAUUUUUGGAUAACAACCCCUGUCUUGGUGCCACGUGGUGUAUCUCAGUGCCAGCUCCUUGAAGGGCUAGCUGUGAAUCUUCAGUGGCAGCUCCUUGAGAAGAGCUAGCUGUGAAUUUUCAGUGGCAGCUCCUUGAAGAGCUAGCUGUGAAUCUUCAGUGGCAGCUCUUUGAAGAGCUAGCUGUGAAUCUUCAGUGGCAGCUCCUUGAAAAGCUAGCUGUGAAUCUUCAGGGUCAGCUCCUUGAAGGGCUAGCUGUGAAUCUUCAGUGGCAGCUCCUUGAAGAGCUAGCUGUGAAUUUUCAGGGUGAGCUCCUUGAAGGGCUAGCUGUGAAUCUUCAGUGGCAGCUCCUUGAGAAGAGCUAGCUGUGAAUCUUUGAUUGCACUACUGACCUGUGAUGCACUGCAUCACUACUUGAAUGCUGUUUGAAAGCCUGUUGCUUUGGGGGAGGAAGGGGGUUUAAGAGAACGAGAUUUCAUUAUUUAUUGUAUUAUGUGUUGUUCCAUUUGAAUUACUUUCAGUCUGACUGAAGAUUCAGCCAGUCCUGCGCAGAGUAGGGACGCUGCUCUGGGUUAGUGACAGGGCAAUAGUCACAGGGCAGUGCUGCUUCUACCAAUGAGACUUUUAAUAGAAGGUAUGCCACCUGGUGGGUGAAGGUGGUACUGUAUACUCCCUCUUGUGACUAACCUGCAUUGGACCAGCUUGCCAUGAAGACCAUUCUCUCAACAAAGACCUCCCACGACUGAGUCCUGCUUUUUAACAGCUGUCAUGGUGUGUGACACUCUUCUCUAAAUGUGUGUCUCUAAUUUUAUAACUUAAAAGAAUUCCUUUAACUACUACA